AUGGUACUUACAGCUCGUCCCGCUGCCCUCUUCUCCUCUCGAGCCCCCUCCUCCCUUCUUUCGUCCACCUUGCCCCGUUCUAGCCCUUGGCGGGCUGCCUUCCAUACUCGCACCAGCUAUGGCAAUGCCCGCGCCAGCUGUUCUCCGUCCGUCCUACGCCGAGCCACCGUCGGCUUUGGGAUGGGACCAACCGGCAUGUCAGCCACCACGAAACGCUUGCUAACCACCCAACGCGAAAAGGUCAAAGUCCUGGCUGUUCUCUACGAUGGCGGUAAGCACGCCGAGGAGGUCCCCGGCCUGUUGGGAACCACCGAAAAUGAGCUCGGCAUCCGCAAGUGGCUUGAGGACCAGGGCCACACGCUGGUGACGACGUCCGACAAGGAGGGCGAGAACUCGACCUUUGACCGCGAGCUCGUCGACGCCGAGAUCAUCAUCACCACGCCCUUCCACCCCGGCUACCUCACAGCCGAACGCCUGGCCAAAGCCAAGAACCUCAAGCUCGCCAUCACAGCCGGCAUCGGCUCCGACCACGUCGACCUCAACGCGGCCAACAAAACCAACGGCGGCAUCACCGUCGCCGAAGUCACCGGCUCCAACGUCGUCUCCGUCGCCGAGCACGUCGUCAUGACCAUCCUCGUCCUCGUCCGCAACUUUGUCCCCGCCCACGAACAGAUCGAGGCCGGCCGCUGGGAUGUCGCCGAAGCCGCCAAGAACGAGUUCGACCUCGAGGGUAAGGUCGUCGGCACCGUCGCCGUCGGCCGUAUCGGCGAGCGUGUACUGCGCCGUCUACGCGCGUUCGAUUGCAAGGAGCUGCUGUACUACGACUACCAGCCGCUGUCGGCGGAGAAGGAGGCGGAGAUCGGCUGCCGGCGCGUGAAUGAUCUCGAGGAGAUGCUCGCGCAGUGCGACGUCGUGACCAUCAACUGCCCGCUGCACGAAAAGACGCGCGGGCUGUUCAACAAGGACCUGAUCGCCAAGAUGAAGCCCGGGUCGUGGCUCGUCAACACGGCGCGCGGGGCGAUCGUGGUGAAGGAGGAUGUCGCGGCGGCGCUGAAAUCGGGCCACCUGCGCGGGUAUGGAGGUGAUGUGUGGUUCCCGCAGCCGGCGCCGCAGGACCAUGUGCUGCGGACGGCGAAGAACCCCUUUGGCGGUGGCAAUGCGAUGGUGCCGCAUAUGUCGGGGACGUCGCUGGAUGCGCAGAAGCGGUAUGCGGAUGGGACUAAGGCGAUCUUGGAGAGCUAUCUGUCAGGCAAGUUGGAUUACCGCCCGGAGGAUCUGAUUGUGCAUGGUGGUGACUAUGCGACGAAGGCGUACGGGCUGCGCGAGGCGGCCACGGGGAAGUCUUAA